GUUAGGGAGGGAUUUUUAUUUAAUGAGGCUAACUAAAACUAUUUUAUAACUAUAUGCAUUCCCAUGUUGGUGUUUGUUAUUUAUUAAUCUGUUGAUGUCUUGAAUUUAGACGACAUCAUCAAGAAGGACGGCGUGAAGGGGUCGCCGCGCGUUUUCUCAACCAGCGCGCCGCCAGGCCACGCGCUCGGGGUAGGAAGAUUGACCAACGAUUGGAAAAUGGCUGGCACUUUCCGUUCAGACUAUAUUGUUCGGCAACGUAAUUAUCACCCUAACAAUACUGCAGACAUGACUAAUGAUAUAUUUUUUGGAGCUGGUGACAGUGGGGGUAACCAGCUGCUGGUGAACAUCCAGAAUGAAUAUGCAAUGCAUCCUGCCCCGGGAGCGAGGAGGACAUGGCCACGAAGUAGAGGUCUACGUAGAAACCAGUUUCUGGGUAUUUCAAACCGCCGGCCUCAGGUUGACCUUGCAGCUGGUGGUGAUGCUACUGCUUCAGCAGCCGAGUCCCUCAAUUCUGUGCGACAGACUGUAGCUCUCCAUGGAAGUACUAGAAAUACUGCACAUAAUGGUCUGCCCAGGAAAAUGACAGAGAGCCCUGCUCAGUUAGUGCCCACCUUGGUGGUCGAGCAAAAUGUUGUUGAAAAUAUGGGGCAACCAUCUGCCAGCACAACUCGCAUGACAUUGAGUGAACGUUUUUCCAAACGGCAUACAACUUCUGAUGACUCUGAAGCUUUAUAUGCCCAAGUAACUUAUGAAACUAAUUUGUAUGUUCUGUAUAGUAGUUUUGUAUCAUUGGAGAAAGUAAAGUUAAUAUUUAUUUUAAAAAAGACAAAUGUACUAUUUGGAUAUGUA